AAAGAUACCCUUACACCUACGACGUGUACGCGAGCAGCUUCGUAUCUACUCUGCUUAAAUCCCGCACUUCGCAUACGCUCUUUCAGCUACUACUAUACAAUACUCCUCUCUCUACUCCCCUGCUCCCUCUACCUCUCUUUCUUAUCCCUAAAUGGCGACCUCUACUCUGAAUCCUAACGCUCCAGUCUUCGUUCCAUCUGUGUACCGUGCAGUAGAAGACUUCUCCGACCAGUGGUGGGACCUGAUCCGCUCAUCUCCCUGGUUCCGCGACUACUGGCUUCGCGAGUGCUACGCUGAUGAAGACUCCUUCCUCCCCGAUCUGGACGACUUUGAUUUCUCCGGCUUUGAUUCCGAUCUCGUCGCCGAUGGGAACGGCGGAUCCAAGCAUGAGGAGAAUAGGAAGGAUCUGGUGAGUUUAGGGGUCCUGAAGUGGAAAAAAUCGCGUGAUUUGGCGGAGGUUCCGAAGUUUGGCCGGAAGGUUCCGAAGAUCGUGAACGUGAAAGUGAGUCCCAGGCCGAUUCAGCAGCCGCGUUAGAGGGGACCGACUUAUUGACUCACUGAGUUAGGUUACUGACGAGUUGUGAAUUAUUUCGUCAUUGUGUCGUUUCAGUGUUUGUUUGCUUAGCAGCAUCGCUUGUACAGUUGCUUUUCUAACUCUAACGGAGUUCUGAAUUCUCCGUUAAGAAAGUUGUGCCAUUUUCAAGUCCUUUAGUGUAAAAUGUCUGGAAAUUUUACUUUUACUGCGUAGAAUAAUAAAUGUCAAAAUGGACGUUUGAUUGCCGAUCAUCGUUUGUAUUUCAAGUUAAAUACCCGUAAUUUGAGAAUAUACUUUUAUGUUGACGACCUUGAUGGGAAAACUCUUCAUUUUCACCGUGAUUUGUAAGAAUCUUUGGUAAAUCUUUCUAGUAUGUGUGUAUUUUAUCUGUUUAAACAGAAAACGCUUAAAUACACGGAGUUGGAAUAAAUUGAAGUAGGAAUUGUCAGAAUUGAAAACAUUUCACCUUUUUUGAUAAAAUUGUUGCAAAUUACUUGUACCAUUAUAGCAUAUGCUCUAGCUUUCUUUAUAAGACGUCAUGAAACACUCAUGGUCUUGUUGGAAUUAGCGGUGGACCCAGGCCGUUCUGGGCCUAGGGCCGUGCGGGCUUUUUUUUGGAAUGUUGGGCCCGGAACUGGCCCGGGUUGAUACCGGGUCCGGGCUAAACCGGGCCGGACCCGGUUCUAUUUAAUUUUUUUUGGCUUUCUAAUUAACCCCCGACCCCCCUCCCAAAAAACUCCCCCAAAACACCCGGCUCUACCCAAGGAAAAGAAAAAAAAUGAAAAAACAAAAAAAUGAACCGGUCCCGGCCUGAACCGCCCGGUCUGGUUCAUGAAAAUCAUGGCCCGGAAUCGGCCCGCCAGAACCGCCCAAACCGGGCUAAAGCCCGGAACCGGCCAUCCAGUCCCGGGCCGGGCCGGGCCGGGCCCGCACAGUAGCGGGCUAGUCUGGUUCCGGGCCGUUUCGGCCCGGCCCAAUCCACCCCUAGUUCGAAUGCAUACAUUUAAUAUAAAGAAGUGGCAUAUAGUAAGAAAACAGCAGUUGUAUCCAUCUUUUAUGUGUGGAUCAUGACUCCGAACAUCUAAGAUGUUUGUGUCUAAUAAACAAAAGAUGUAUUUGGGGUUCUCCAAUCUUCAAAGCAUGAUACACGGAGUAUCGGUUAUGGUAAAAUGAUCAAGUGCUUUUGAGCAGACGAAGAAGAGUACAGAUGUGAUAAAUUUGAUGAUUUCUUCCUUGAAGAUUUGAAAGAUUCUUUCACAACCCAUGGUAUACUUCAUAACAAAUGGUAUUGCAGAACAUUACGAGAAAUAGUUAAAGAGUACAGUAUAAUACAAGUGUCAAGUGGGUGAUGAGAAUUAUGAAAUUAAACCAAUAAUUUAGAGUUGGAGCAGUGAAAACUGCUUGCUUGCUUUGCUAUCAACCAAUCGUUCUCAAGUGCAAUUUUUAUGUCUCGUAAUAUGAGUAUAACAUUAAAUAUGUGGACUAAUAGAAGUGACAUGUCUCGUAGGAGUAAAAAAAAACUGAGUCAAUGAAAUUGUACAACCGAAUUUAUUUUAUCUAUAUUUAUAGAAAAAACAUUACAAUGCAUCCAAAAGCAUAUGAACAACGAAUGCCACCCUCCGACGAGACCAUUAUUGUCGCCUUCCGAU